AUGCCAAAACCAUUUAUACAAAAUAAGAAUAAACAAGUUUUAGCAACAUUCACUGCUAGUUAUAGAGAUAGACAUGGUCGUGAAACUGGUGUAAGAGAUAAAGUUAUAAGUGAAGGUGAAGAAGAUUAUUCAGGAGAAGAUAAUUUUUCAGGAGAAGAAGAGUAUGAAGAAUAUGAUUCAGAUGAUUCAGAACAUGACGAAUAUAUUCAACAAGAAUCAGCUAAAAAAGAAGUAGAUGAUUUAUCAACAAUUGGAUUUAAAAAAGAUGGUUUCGAUUAUUCAAAAUAUAUGAGACCAAUUGGUGGUGGUGUUUUCAUUCCAGCAAUUUGGGAUGUAAAUGAAUUAAAAAAUAAAAAGAAUGGUAUUGUUGAAUUAGUUAAAAAUAGUGAACCUGCACCAUUUAUGUUUGGUUUAGAAGAAAUUAGUAAAGAUUAUAAAAAAGAUGUUAAAGAUUUAGAAGUUGAUGAAGAUAUUAAAGAAGCAUUAGUAGUUGAUGAUGAAGAAGAUGAUUUCGAAGAGUUAGAUGAUGAUUUUAUUUUACAAGCAAAUGGUGGUACAUUAGAUGGUUUACAAGAUGAAGUUGAUGAAACUAUUAAUAAAUUUAAUAAUUUUAGAAUAAAGAAUAAAGCAUAUGAUUUCAUUGAUGAUGAAGAGGAUUAUAAUGGUGAUGGUGAAUAUUAUGAAGGUGAAGAUGAUGAUGAUGAUUAUUAUGAAGAUGAUGAAGAAUAUUAUAAAAAUUUAAAAAAUAAAAGUGGUAAUAAUAAUAAUAAUAAAGAUGAUGGUAGAAAAGUUCAAGAUGAAGUUUUAGAAGCACAAUUUGAAAUUGCAUUAGAACAAUAUGAGGAUGAAGAUAUUGGUGAAUUGGAACCAGAGGAAACAUUAGGUACAUGUAAUGUUAACAAUUUUGAAGAUGUUUUCGAUGAAUUCAUAGAUGACUAUAAUAAGAAUCAUGAACCAUUGAUGGUACAAAUUCAAACAUUGAAAAAGAAUAAUAACUUUAUCGCAUUAACUGAAAAGGAGAAAGAAAUCAUCUUAAAGAGGGAUUGGAAUAAGGAAGUAUUAGUGGAAGUUAGUGACCAUGAAAAUGAAGAGAACGAAGAUGACAAAUGGGAUUGUGAAACCAUUUUAACAACUUAUACCAAUUUAGAAAAUCAUCCAAAAUUAUUAAGAGAAGAAAAGAAAAUUAAAUUAUCUCGUAAAACUGGUAUGCCAAUUGGUGUAAUUCCAACCAAACAAAAAGGUGAUGAUGGCAAUAGUGAUAACGAGGAAGAGGAUGAAGAGGAAGAUGAAAAAUCAGUUAAUCUUGGUGUUUCAAGAAAGAACGAAACUAAAGAAUCUAAAAAAUUACGUAAACAACAAUUAAAAGAUGAUCGUAAAAAUAAAAGAGAAUUAAAGAAAGAUUUGAAAGUUGCCUUUAAAAAAGAAGAAAUUAAACAAACUUCAAUUAUUAAAGAUCAAAAAACAAAUUCUUCUGUUGCUGUUAGAUAUUAA